AAUAGAAUUCAAGGCAGCAAUAAAUUCCAUGCAGAUGUCGGGUAACGUGUAUGAAAAUUGGAAAUUCUUCAUACAAAGAUUCAAAAACUACUUACAAGCUACAGAAUUAACAAAGAAACCUGAAAUAACCCAGUGUGCACAGCUAUUACAGUUAAUAGGGGACGAAGGGUUCAAAAUAUAUAACACGUUUAAGUUCUCAACAGAAGAAAAAGACAAGUUAGAACUGUUAAUAAAAAAAUUUGAAGCACAUUUCAAGCCAAAAAGCAACGUGUCAAAUGCAAGGUAUUGCCUGUUCACCAGAAAACAAGAAGAAGGUGAGUCAGUAGACAAAUUUAUAACAGAUAUUAUAAACAAGGCAAAAAAUUGUGAGCUAGAGAAUUUGGAGGACAGUCUGAUUAAGACUUGCAUAACUUGUGGGGUAGCAGAUGAAACGAUGAGACAGAGACUAUUAGAAGAAGAUGAGAUGAGCUUGGAAAAAGCAAUCAAUCUGUGUAAAAGUAUAGAAAGUUCGAAAAUCCAGUCUGAAAAAAUGAAGUCAGAGGAGGUGCACUACGUAAAGAAAAGAAACUUCAAUAAGAAAUAUGAAAAUAGAGAACAGUGGGAAGACAGAAGAGUGAAUCCAACUCAUUCGAAGUCCCAAGACGGCCAGUUCAAUGGUAAAUCUGGAAGCAGUUCAGGGUGCAGUAGGUGCGGAAUGGAGCACAGAGGCCAACCAUGCAAAGCAUAUAAAGCUAAGUGUAAUUUAUGUAAUAAAAUAGGGCAUUAUGCAAAAAAAUGUUUUCAAAAACAAAUUAAGUAUGUAGAUGUAGAUGAUUCAGAAUCAGACGAUUUGUUUAUAGGCUUGGUAAAUACUAAAAAUAGCAGUUUUGAUGAUGAUUUCAUGAUAAAUUUUGAAGUUAACAAGCGUAAAUUAAGCUGUAGAUUAGAUACAGGGGCAAUGGCAAACGUAAUAUCAAUAAAUAAGUUAAAUUCUCUAGAAGUUAAUGUUGAACUACAGAAAACAAACUGCAGGUUAACGACAUUUUCGGAUGAAACACUUAGGGUCAUUGGAAAAUGUAGUUUAGAAUGCAAGUAUAAAGAUAACAUGUACAACAUAAUGUUUUAUGUGGUAGAAAUUAAUUCACCAACGGUAUUAGGUCUUCCUACAUGUAAAGCUUUAAAUAUUUUAAAAAGAAUCAAUACUAUAGAAAAAAGUGAAAAUAAUUUGAAUUCUAGAGAAGUUACAUUUAAAAAUGAUUACUCUGAUGUGAAAAAAAUAUUUAAAGAAGUUUUUUCAGGUAUAGGCUGCUUGGAUGAGCCAUACAAAAUCGUGUUAAAUGAAACUGCACAACCAGUUAUACCUACAUCCUCCAAGAAAGAUUCCACUACAAUUAAAGGAGAAACUAAAACUUGAAUUAGCUGAAAUGGAGAAAAAUGGAAUAAUUGAGAAGGUUGAUGAACCUACAGAUUGGGUCAACUCGAUAGUCUUGGUAAGAAAACCAAAAAGUAAUUCCAUAAGAGUUUGUAUAGAUCCUAGAGACUUGAAUAAAGCUAUCAAAAGAGAGCACUUUCAACUCCCUACGAUUGAUGAAAUAGCUGCAAAUUUAAAAGGUAACGUUUAUUUCAGCAAGCUUGAUGCCUCAAAAGCAUUUUGGAGCAUAAAGCUUGAUGAUGAAAGUAGUAAAUUAUGUACUUUUAACACUUGCUAUGGUAGAUAUAAAUUUUUAAGACUGCCUUAUGGCAUUAGAUCAGCAAGUGAGGUGUUUCACAAAAGAUUCAGUAAAAUAUUUAAUAUGGAGGGUGUAGAAACAUAUAUUGAUGAUUUAAUUGUUUAUGGCUCAUCAAAACAACAACAUGAUAAAUGUUUAUAUCAAGUUUUAGAAAGAGCUAGGAUAAAUAAUGUCAAAUUUAAUUAUGAAAAAUGUAGUUUUGGUGUAAAAAAUGUAAAAAUUUUAGGAUUUAAGUACAAUAAAGAUGGUCAAAGUGUUGAUAGUGAUAAAAUUAAAGCCAUUCAAGAUAUGAAAAAGCCAGAAAAUAAAAACGACAUACAGAGAUUAUUAGGAAUGAUAACGUAUUUGUCUAAACACAUAAAAAAUUUGUCAGACUUAACCGCACCUCUUAGGGAAUUAAUUAAAGAAAAUGUAGAAUGGCAUUGGUCACAUAAACAUGAUGAAUGUUUUAGUAAAAUUAAGGAAAUAAUUUCAAAAAGCCCAGUAUUAAGACAUUUUGAUAUAAAUGAAAAGUGUUUAAUAUCGGUUGACUGUUCAAAAGACUCAAUAGGAGCUGUACUCUUACAAAAAGGUCAACCAGUAGCUUACAUAUCAAAGGCUUUAACUUUAACACAACAAAAUUAUGCACAAAUUGAAAAAGAACUUCUUGGAGUUCUGGUGGCAUGUGAGAAAUUUCAUAAUUAUAUAUAUGCUUCCAAGUUUGUUGUUCGGAAUUGCCUGUAAUAAAGAAUGAUUUAGAUAUUGAACUAGAAUCACAAAUUUGUUUAGUAAGAUUAAACAUUAAUGUUUCAAACAAUCAACUGCAAAAAAUCAAAGAAGAGACUAGCAAAGACAAAACUUUAAUUGAUCUAAAGACUUUCAUAAAAAAAGGUUGGCCAAAAGAAUUAAAUAAUGUACAUAAAGAUUUAAAAGCAUUUUUUAAGAUUAAAGAUGAAAUAACCUUCUUUGAUAGUUUGUUGAUGAGGAAUAGUCAAAUUAUAAUUCCUCAUGUAAUGAGAAAAGAAAUGUUAAAAAGAAUUCACUAUGGCCAUCAAGGAAUAAAUAAAUGUAAAAUGUUAGCUAGACAAUCAUUAUAUUGGCCUUCCAUGACAGUUGACAUUGAGAAUGAAGUUAAAGGUUGUCCAAUUUGCCCACAAUUUGAAAAUGCAAAGAGAGAACCUUUGACUCCACACAAUAUCCCAGAACUCCCCUGGGAGGAAGUUGGCUCUGAUAUGUUUUACAUAGGUCAAAAAAGUUAUUUAAUGGUGGUAAAUUAUUACAGUAAAUAUCCAGAAAUUUGUCUGUUGAACGAUACAACCAGUUCAACUAUAAUUACACAUUUAAAAUCGAUAUUUGCUCGUCAUGGAAUACCAAAAAUAUUUUACUCUGAUGGUGGACCACAAUACACAGCCAAUGAAUUUGUUAAAUUUUGUCAAGAAUGGGAAUUUAAAAGCAUAAAGUCAAGCCCAGAAAAUCAUAGAUCUAAUGGUCUAAGUGAAAGAUAUAUUCAAACCUACAAAAAAGCGCUAAGAAAAUCUCUUAGAGAUGGUAAAGAUACAUAUUUAACAUUGCUACAACUUAGAAAUACACCAAUUGAUUCAAAUUUACCAUCACCAUCUCAACUUUUAAUGUCACGAGUACUUAGAACUCAGAUUCCCACCACUGACAAAAUUCUAAAACCAAAAUUAUGUAAUGCUAAAAUAGUAAUCAGCGAUUUUCAGAAAAGACAAAAUAGUCAAAAAGCUUAUUAUGAUAGAGGGACAAUAAAUUUAAAACCGCUUAAAAAUAAUGAAAAAGUUUAUAUUAAAGAUAAAAACAAAUUGAGAGAAGGUCUUAUCACACAUAAAUUAAGAGAUAAAACCUACUCGAUUAAAUUAAGAGAUUCUGGGUCAGAAAUUGCAAGAAAUAGACAAUUUUUAGUUCGCAUUCCUGCAGCUUCUGACGAUGAACAUUCAGAUAACGAAUCUGAAACUAGUGAGUCACAAAAUUUUGAAAGUGUCUCUGAUAACCAUUCUGAUCAUCACUCUCCAAUAAACUUACCUCCACAAACCUCUUCCGGUCGAAUUGUUAAAAAACCUGAUAGACUAGAUUUAUAAGUAAUUUUAUUAUAAAAUAAAAGGGGGUAAAGGGUGAAUGAAACAAUUGUGGAAAUUUAUAAAUGUUUAUUUAAAGAUUUGUUAAAGAAAGUUAUGUUUAUUUUGUCAUUAUAAAAAGAGGGGGAUGUGAUGUAUGCAAAUAGGUAGUAUUCGGAACGCACUCAAGUUGGUAAUAUUGUAAGAGUGACGUGACAGUGACAAGGACAGUGAAGCGGAAAUAAAACCAUUCUGAAUCUAGACACGAUA